AUUUCUGCAGAGCAGAGCAGAGCACCCAAAGACGAAGAUCAAAUUCCAAACAUCAACACACAACACACAACACACAACACACAUUUUAUUUUUCCUCUCCGUUAAUGGAUUCUCCUUCCCGCUCAUCCGUCAUCGUCGUCGGCGCCGGCAUCUCCGGAAUAUCUGCCGCCAAGGUGUUGGCUGAGAACGGAAUUGAGGAUUUGGUGAUUCUGGAAGCGUCGGAUCGUAUCGGCGGUAGGAUCCGGAAAGAGAAGUUUGGAGGCGUGUCGGUGGAGCUCGGCGCAGGUUGGAUCGCCGGAGUCGGUGGAAAAGAGUCCAAUCCGGUCUGGGAGCUCGGUUCCCGGCUGGGCCUGCGAACCUGCUUCUCUGAUUAUAGCAAUGCACGGUAUAACAUCUACGAUCGAAGUGGUAAGAUAAUUCCUAGUGGAAUCGCAGCGGACUCGUACAAAAAGGCGGUGGACUCAGCAAUUCAGAAUCUAAGGAACCAAGAGGUUAACAAUGUCGACGAUAUCUCUACAGUAACCGAAUCGAUUUCCAUACCAAAAACACCCAUUGAGCUCGCAAUCGACUUCAUAUUACAUGAUUUUGAGAUGGCAGAGGUGGAGCCAAUAUCUACAUAUGUAGAUUUCGGAGAAAGAGAAUUUCUGGUUGCAGAUGAAAGAGGUUAUGAGCAUUUACUCUACAAAAUGGCUGAGGACUUUUUAUUAACCGCUGAAGGCAAAAUCUUGGAUGAUCGUCUCAAGCUAAACAAGGUUGUAAGGGAGUUGCAGCACUCGAGAAACGGCGUUACGGUGAAAACAGAGGAUGGUUGUGUCUACGAAGCCAAAUACGUCAUUUUGUCUGCUAGCAUUGGCGUUCUCCAAAGCGACCUCAUUUCUUUUAAACCACCAUUGCCCAGUUGGAAAAAAGAGGCCAUAGGGAAAUGUGAUGUCAUGCGGAGAGGCUAUUACACGUUCUGGCAGCACAUGGAGAAUGCAUACCCUGGUUCCAAUAUCCUGGUUGUUACAUUGACAAAUGGAGAGUCGAAACGUGUGGAAGCUCAGCCCGAUGAAGAGACACUGAAAGAAGCCAUGAGUGUGCUUAGGGACAUGUUUGGGCCAGACAUACCUGAUGCCACUGAUAUACUUGUUCCUCGUUGGUGGAACAACAGGUUCCAGCGGGGCAGCUAUAGCAACUACCCCAUAAUCUCUAAUAACCAAGUCGUUCAGGAUAUGAAGGCUCCAGUUGGUCCCAUUUUCUUUACUGGCGAACACACAAGUGAAAAAUUUAACGGUUAUGUACAUGGUGGAUACCUUGCAGGUAUUGACACGGGCAAAGCAUUACUAGAAGAAAUAAAGAAUGAGAAAGAAAGAAUGAGCGAGAAUCAAACUUUCCUGCUAGAACCUUUGCUAGCAUUAACAGGAUCAUUAACUUUGACACAGACAGAGGCAGUCUCCAAACGAGACAGAUGACUAAGUGAAGAAUGAGACAAGAGAUGGCACAAUUGGACAUGCAGAGCCGUUUAACACCAUCUAAUGCUAUGCAAGAAAUUUGAAAAAAGAUGCAUGAUAGGCCAAGUGCGUAGAUGUAUCCCUCUUCAUAAUGCAGUCACUAAUCAUUGGAAGCUGCUUGGUUGUUGGAUCUUUUUGCAGUGGUUUUACGGCCUACUGGCAUUUCUGCAAUAAUUGUUUUUAUUGCAA